UGAAUGCGUGACAAAUGAACACAAAUGUAAACAUUGAGUGAAAUGUGUUUACAAUUGAAUUAAAUUUCAUUUUGAAUACAAUUUACAAUACAAUCAAUCGAUUGAAUAGUGUGUGAAGUCGUGUGAAAUGUCUUUCAUUAGGUUGUGCUCAACGAGACUGACGACUGGUUUGAAUGCCUCGAGAAGCGUGAAUCCAAUGCUGAGAGUGCAGCCAUUGGUGAAGACCUCGAGGGCGACGAUGAUAGGCAUCGACCAAAUGGAUCCGCAAAUGAUUAAAGACAAGCCCAAGCCGUGGCCCUACAAAACGAAACGGCACUUCCAGUACUUCCACUACCUGCUAGACCUGGACAACACGGCCGCCCGGUUUGACCCAAACAGUAAGAUUGUGGUGAUUGAGGGCAACAAGGGUUCCGGCAAAGAAGUGGUGGCCCAGGCGUUGGCCAAACACUUCGGCCUCCACUACAUGCCUGAACCAGAUCUGGAGGACAUGUAUAUCAAUCACAACGGCUUCGACUACCGGUCUCUCAACAAAUACAUCGACCCUCAGGUCCAGGCGGUCGACGAACGCAUGUAUUUAGAGGAUCCGCACCACAGAGGCGUCCAUUGGAUGAAAAUGUUUUUCUAUAAGAAACGCUACGAACAGUACAUCGACGCCUUGGCCCACCUCUACAACACCGGACAGGGAGUCAUAUUAGAGAGAAGUCCUUACAGUGACUUCGUCUUCACCGAAGCCAUGAAUAAAAGCGGAUAUUUUAGCGAUAAUGCGACGGACUAUUACUACCGCGUAAGACACGCCACUAUCUAUGACCUGCAAAGACCUCAUCUCGUCAUCUAUUUGGAUGUUACGACGGACUAUUACUACCGCGUAAGACACGCCACUAUCUAUGACCUGCAAAGACCUCAUCUCGUCAUCUAUUUGGAUGUCUCUCCCGAGGAAUGUCUGCGACGAAUCAAACAGAGGAAUAUUCCUUAUGAAGUGAACUCAAAAGUGUUGACUAAAGAGUACUUACAAGUGAUUGGCGAUGAAUAUAAGAACAGAUACUUACCGGAGGCCUCGAAACACUCGCAAGUGUUGAUAUAUGACUGGAAUGAAUUGGGAGACAUCGAGGACAUGGCUGACGACAUAGAGAAAGUGAAUGUCGACUCCUGGGACCCGCACUUUGAAAAGUUUGAGGACUGGAACCUAUGGGAAGAGGACUUAUGGGAACAGAAGCGUCAUAUCUAUACGAACACUAAAGACGAUUUGGUGAGCAAUAUGUGUGUCGUUCCCGCCUAUGAUGUGGACGAGCUAUGGCUCGACGCAGAAAUUGCCGAACAUCGCGACAAGAUAUAUGAAAAUAUGAUACCACAUUACGGAGUACUUCCGAGUUUUGAUCCGCAGAGGACUUCAUUACUCACUCGACUCUUUAGAUGGAAACUCAAACACAGAGAAUGGCAAGAGUUUAUUAUGAGACGACCUUUCUUUUGAGUCACUGCUCUAUUCAGUGCUCUUAUGAUUUAGUUAUUUAAUGUAAAAAUUAAUAGUUUAGAUGUUUAUGAAUUCAAUAAAGUUGUUAACAAAGUGC